AGUUCCUCGAGCGAUACACUAGCGACAUGAACAUCGUCCUGAUCUUCUCUGGUCUUUUCUCCGCUGUCGGCACGUCUUUCAUUGUCGCGAUGGAGUCCGAUUUCAGUCCCGACCCUAGUGACACCACGAAUGCACUUUUGAAGCAACUCGUGCAGAUCGGACUCGGCAAUCUCGCUGAGGCAGGCUCCACUCCCGUAGACCCAGCAUCUACGUGGUCUCCGACCGCGUCGACCUUAUGGGUCCAAAUGAUCGCAUAUGCGAGUUUGUCCAUGAGCUUGCUUGCUGCAUUCGGGGCCGUGCUGGGAAUGCAGUGGCUAGGGUACUACAAGUCGCACAGAUAUGG